AUGCAGUUCUCGUGUCUGAUCGUCGUGCUCAUCGGCUCGUCGCUCGCCGCCGCCGCCGCCGCCCCGUCGAACGCGACGAAGGAGGAGCCAGCCGCCGGCCGCCACUACCGCCCGCCUCCGCCGAGCUACUCGUCGUACGGCUCGCCGUACUAUGGCUUCAUUCCGCCGGUCUUGCAAGAUCGCUUCGUUUGCGAUCUCGAUGCCUCGGUGCUUCUCAUGACCGAAUCAUCGCCACGCUAUCACGGCUACAACUACGCGACGCUGAAUCGCGCCAUCCGCGUGAAAUGCUCCGAAGUGGCCAACUACGACGAGGACUCGUGCAACGCGUGCUGCCAACAGACGGCGCGUCGCGACACCACAUUGGCCAACGACAAACUCUUCGGAUUCCUCAGCGUCGUCAAAGAAGCCGAUUCCGACAAGGCAUUUGUGCGCACCAAGCGAUCCUACGAUGAGGAGGACGAUGAUGAGGACAACAAGAAGGACUACUACCACUAUAACAAGAUCGAGGUGAGCACCGUCGAGAAGGGCACGUGGGCACCAGGAAAGUACAACGACAACGUCAAGUGUGUGUGCUGCGCGCCACGCCCAUCCGCUUCAGCGCCAUCUCAACCGACAUAUGGAGCUCCGAUCAACACGUUCCAGGCACAGACCUACGGAUCGCCAGUCAACGCCUUCCAGCCGCCAACCGCCUCGAUGCCAGCUCCAUCCUGGGCUCCAGUCGACACCUUCCAGGCACCACAAGCUUGGGGAGCCGCCGCGCCAUCUGCUCCAGCUUCAUCGGCUCCAGCUCAAGCAGCCGCUGCUCCAGCUCCAGCUCCAGCCGCCGCCGUUCAACAAUAUUAA